UUCCCCUCAGGCUGGGGUUGCGGGGCGUUUGUGGUGGGACUGUUUGACCGAGGGAUGUGCGGGCCAAAGGCGCCCACUAGAGAGAAGCACCGCCUCGGGCCGGAGAGCUGCCGGGCCGACCUUACUCGCGUCGCGGGUGGAAUGGGGGCCGGGGACGCGGCGGGGCGGAGAGAUCGGCUGCGUACCCCGGACCGGCUGACCCUAGACGGCCGAGGCCACCUCAGGUGUUCGGGGCGGGAACCGGAAUCCACCGCGCUGGCAGCCGGGAGCGGUUUUACAGAAACCGCGCCUGAUGCGGGGGGCUUUUUAAAAAAGCCUGGCUGGCUCCGGCACGGGGACAGCUGCAGACUCCUCCUCAGGUUUAACUUGCGCCUUUUGCUUUGAGAGUCAGAUCCAGGUGCAGAACCCGGGCUCGGAUCCACGCCGAGACUCGGAACACAGGGCAGAUGAUUCUGGACCAGAUGAAGCCUGAGGCGCCUUCCAGCUCUAAGAUAGCAGGAUAGGAGACUUCCGAGCCUGGAGCUACAGAAGACUUGCCAGCCCCACAGCACCAUGUCAGGAAGCCAUACACCUUCUGCCUGUGGCCCUUUCUCAGCCCUGACUCCGAGCAUAUGGCCCCAGGAGAUCCUGGCCAAGUAUACACAGAAGGAAGAGUCAGCAGAGCAACCAGAUUUCUACUACGAUGAGUUUGGUUUCCGUGUGUACAAGGAAGAAGGUGGUGAGCCUGGCUCUAGUCUGCUGGCGAGCUCCCCGCUGCUAGAGGAUGCUCCACAGAGGCUGCGGUGGCAGGCCCACCUGGAGUUCACCCAUAACCACGACGUGGGGGAUCUCACCUGGGACAAGAUUGCAGUCUGUCUGCCCCGCUCUGAGAAGCUCCGUUCCCUGGUGCUGGCCGGCAUCCCACAUGGCAUGAGGCCACAGCUGUGGAUGCGGCUCUCUGGGGCCCUGCAGAAGAAGAGGAACUCCGAGCUGUCCUACCGCGAGAUUGUGAAGAACAGCUCCAAUGAUGAGACCCUUGCUGCCAAGCAGGGUGUCACAAGGUCUUGUUGUUGUGGGUGCCAAUGGCUGCCGGACAGAUUGAGAAGGACCUGCUGCGCACCAUGCCCAGCAACGCCUGCUUCGCCAGCAUGGGCAGCAUCGGGGUGCCCCGCCUGCGCAGGGUGCUCCGGGCCCUGGCCUGGCUCUACCCAGAGAUCGGCUACUGCCAGGGCACUGGUGGCUGCCUGCCUCCUGCUGUUCCUGGAGGAGGAGGACACCUUCUGGAUGAUGUGCGCCAUCAUUGAGGACCUGCUCCCCGCCUCCUACUUCAGCACCACCCUGCUGGGCGUCCAGACUGACCAGCGGGUCCUGCGCCACCUCAUUGUCCAGUACCUGCCUCGCCUGGACAAGCUGCUCCAGGAGCAUGACAUUGAGCUGUCCCUGAUCACACUGCACUGGUUCCUCACGGCCUUCGCCAGCGUGGUGGACAUCAAGCUGCUUCUGCGCAUCUGGGACCUGUUUUUCUAUGAGGGCUCCCGGGUGCUGUUCCAGCUCACGCUGGGCAUGCUGCACCUCAAGGAAGAAGAGCUGAUCCAGUCAGAGAACUCAGCCUCCAUCUUCAACACGCUAUCGGAUAUCCCGUCGCAGAUGGAGGACGCGGAGCUGCUUCUGGGGGUGGCCAUGCGGCUGGCCGGCUCCCUCACCGACGUGGCUGUGGAGACUCAGCGCCGCAAGCACCUGGCCUAUCUCAUUGCAGACCAGGGUCAGCUCCUGGGGACCGGCACCCUCACCAACCUCUCUCAGGUUGUUCGCCGCAGGACCCAGCGGAGGAAGUCCACCAUCACUGCUCUGCUCUUCGGUGAGAGCUCUGCGGGUGCCAGGCAGUGUGGGCAUGGAACAGUCUGUCCUCACGCUCACGUGGAUGUGGAGCUUCCUCGGGGGCCUGGAGUGAGCCGUGGUCACCAUUGCUCUCUGGGCCUCCUAGGGGAGGAUGACCUGGAGGCACUCAAGGCCAAGAACAUCAAGCAGACGGAACUGGUGGCUGACCUCCGGGAAGCCAUCCUGCGCGUGGCGCGUCACUUCCAGUGCACAGACCCCAAAAACUGCAGCGUGGAGCUGACUCCAGACUACAGCAUGGAGAGCCACCAGCGGGACCACGAGAACUACGUGGCAUGUUCACGCGGCCACCGGCGCCGAGCCAAGGCCCUGCUGGACUUCGAGCGGCACGACGACGACGAGCUGGGCUUCCGCAAGAACGACAUCAUCACAAUCGUGUCUCAGAAGGACGAGCACUGCUGGGUGGGGGAGCUCAACGGCCUGCGAGGCUGGUUUCCAGCCAAGUUUGUGGAAGUCCUGGAUGAGCGCAGCAAAGAGUAUUCCAUCGCGGGGGACGACUCAGUGACGGAGGGGGUCACAGACCUCGUGCGAGGGACCCUCUGCCCGGCCCUUAAGGCCCUGUUCGAACAUGGACUGAAGAAGCCAUCCCUGCUUGGGGGCGCCUGCCACCCCUGGCUGUUUAUAGAGGAGGCUGCAGGCCGGGAGGUCGAGAGAGAUUUUGCCUCCGUGUAUUCCCGCCUGGUGCUCUGUAAGACCUUCAGGUUGGACGAAGAUGGCAAAGUCCUGACCCCGGAGGAGCUGCUCUACCGGGCUGUGCAGUCCGUGAACGUGAGCCAUGAUGCAGUGCACGCACAAAUGGACGUGAAGCUCCGCUCACUGAUCUGCGUGGGGCUCAAUGAGCAGGUGCUGCACCUGUGGCUGGAGGUGCUCUGCUCCAGCCUGCCCACCGUGGAGAAGUGGUACCAGCCCUGGUCCUUCCUGCGCAGCCCGGGCUGGGUCCAGAUCAAGUGUGAGCUCCGAGUCCUCUGCUGCUUUGCCUUCAGCCUCUCCCAGGACUGGGAACUCCCUGCGAAGAGAGAGGUGGGUGGUGUGGGCCUUGUAAGGCCUGUGCUGAUGGAGCUGCCCAAACCGUUCACAGGGUGGCUGAGGUGGGGACACAGAGUGCUGGUGUCAGUGGUUAGGAACCACCCCAGCCACGCCCAAGGCCUGUGAGGUGAGGGGCUGCCCUGUUUGCAGGCGCAGCAGCCCCUGAAGGAGGGCGUCCGGGACAUGCUGGUGAAGCACCAUCUCUUCAGCUGGGAUGUGGAUGGGUGACCCCUCCUCCCCAGCCCAGCCUUGGGCCUGGGUCUGAGGUGGCCCAGGACCCCAAGCUGCAGAGCCCAGGGAAGAGCAGCUCCAGAGCCCUGGCCGGGGCCCCGGGAUAUCAGGCUGCCCCACUCCAGGUUCCCCAGCACAUCCCAGGUGGUGGCAGCAGAGGGUGCCCUGCCCUACCAGGGUCCUUAGAGAUGCUCUGGGCCAAACCAGUUUGUACCAAAAGCCUUGUGAGGCGGUGGGGAGCCAUGUCUGUGCCAGUCUUUGCUCAGGAAGAGGGAAGAGGGAAGGGGAUGGGGGUGACUAAUAGGCUCCUGUCCUCCUUGGUUUAUAAAUAAACUGUCUUUGAGAACGUA